AAUGUGUUCUUUUUUCUUUUCCAGUCCUUCGAAAAUGGGUGCACGCAGAGGCUGGGUCCGAUUCCUGAAGUUCCUUGCCUGUGGUGGCCUUGUCUUCCUUGUGAUCCGGAAAUUGCAGUUUCAACCAUGUUCAGCGGACACCGACAACUUCUUCCGAUCUUAUCCCAAGUUUACCGGAGAUACCCGAGUACCUCCGGACGUAACGGUAGUGACUGCUUUCUUCAGCCUGGGUAACUUCAUAAAAGGUAAAGAUGAGACGUUUGGUCCCACGUUGUAUCUGGAGUGGGCCACUGUGUACAAGCAUCUAAGGAACCCUCUGGUUGUGUACACCGACUCGGACCAGUUUGUCCGACUGUUCACGGACAUGCGACAACACUUGAUGAACAUCACAAAAAUCAUCAAAAUUGAGAAAAAACAAUUAUGGGCGUUUGACCAUUUGGACAAAGUCCGUAACAUAUACUCUGACCCGAAGUAUCCAAAAUACCAACCCAAUACAGUGGUUCCAGAAUACCCAUGUGUUCAAAAUGCAAAAUACUUGCGUUACUUCCGGUUAAUCACAAGCAGAAAAAGGGACUUCCGGUUGACACUUCCUCGCGACUUUGAUGAGAAGAAAAUAGCUAUCAAUAAAGUGGCUCGAUAUUCUUUGGAGGAACGGCCAGAAGAUAUUUUUAAAAAUAUGUACGUGUGGGUGGGAGGGGGAGUUCUUAUCGCUGAGAAAGGCGUGUUUCGCCAGUUUGUGAUUGAAUACAGAAAGGCCGUGGAACAUUAUCUGGAUUUGAAGCUGAGCAACUCGGAUCAGCAGGUUCUGUUUGCGAUGUACUCAAAAGCGGAGGUACACUUGAAACCUACUGUGCAACUACAGCCAUAUUCGUCUCAUUGGUAUGGAGAUUGCUGGUUCUAUCUCGGGUAUAUUUGCUACAGAGAAGUGUGAGUGAGGGGUUUAUUCCUUUUUGGAUGGUGUUUCAGUUAUAUUGCA